AUUGGAAACACCAAGUUUGUCUUCGUAUUAAUCCACAUAAAGGCAGCUGGCCUUCGCAAUAGCCAAUGCGUACGAACCCAGGAUGAAAUAAAAGCGCUUGGUAUUUUGGUCGAAGCCUUCUAUUUGACAAACCCAAGUAAAAGUGGGUUGACCUCGCUGUCGCAACUUGGUCUUGUUGUCAAGGCGACUAUGUAG